CUUUAUUUUGAAAUUUGUAAUUCGCGGUUGUGUUUGUCACAACUCACGUGUGACCACGAUCCUUCAAAUGAUACAAGAUUGCGUUGAAACAACAACACCUAUGGACUUUAGACUGCUCUUGAAAUAACGCCGAAUUACUCUUAACACUACUGUGCCUAUAACAGCUAAAAUGGGAAUAUUAUACAAAGACCGUUUUCGAGAUAUCUGUUGUGCAAAUCUAGACAGUUUUCAGUCAAGUUAACUUAAUUAUAAAGAGCAUGUCAAUGUAAAGAACUGACCUAUCUUCGUUUCAUUUUCGCAAGCUGCUUAAUCUCUAAUAAUGUCUCUUGUGGAAUCUGACGAAAACACUCCGCUUCUCAGAGGCGAAAGUACAAGUGGUGGGGAUGCAGACAGAAGCCGGUGGAGGUCCAUCAGGGUCAUGUAUUUCACUAUGUUCCUUAGCAGCGUUGGUUUUAGUAUUGUCAUUACUUCCAUAUGGCCCUAUUUGAAGAAAAUUGAUAAAAGUGCAGAUGCCAGUUUCUUGGGAUGGGUUGUUGCUGCAUAUAGUUUGGGUCAGAUGGUGGCCUCACCCCUCUUUGGAUUGUGGUCCAACCACAGGCCUCGACGAGAGCCUCUAGUCUGCUCUAUAUUCAUCAACGUCUCUGCUAACAUUUACUACGCCUAUGUCUACCUACCUUCCUCACACAAAAAAAUUCACAUGCUUUUGGCUCGUACAUUUGUGGGCAUUGGAGCAGGUAAUGUAGCAGUUGUGAGGUCCUAUGUGGCUAGUGCCACUUCCCUGAAGGAAAGAACCUGUGCAAUGGCAAACAUGAGUGCCUGCCAGGCUCUCGGCUUCAUACUCGGCCCAGCCCUGCAAGCUGCUUUGGCAUUCAUUGGAGAGACUGGCGUCAAUGUGAAUGUCAUCCAGCUUUGGGUUAAUAUGUACACUGCUCCAGCACUAUUGGCAGCCUUCUUCGGCAUCAUUAACAUUCUGCUGGUUAUAUUAGUCUUGAGGGAGCACUUUGUGGAUGACCAUGGAAAUGAUAUCCGUGCAAUUAACUACACCUCAGAGGAGCAAGUAGAUGUGGCUCCUGAGGCAGAAGGUGAUAUCGACCAGAUCGCAGUGUUCACAUCUAAUGUCCUUUUCUUUGUCAUUCUCUUCAUUUUUGCUGUGUUUGAAACUAUAUCUACUCCUUUAUCAAUGGACAUGUUUGCAUGGACGAGGAAAGAAGCUGUUUCGUACAAUGGUAUCAUAUUGGCUGCCAUUGGUUUUGAGUCCAUCCUCGUGUUCGUGGUUGUAAAAGUGGUCUCGGCACGGGUAGGAGAUCGCCCACUGCUACUUGGAGGCUUGAUUUUCAUAUUUGUGGGUUUCUUUAUCUUGUUGCCAUGGGGAAAUCAAUAUCCUAAAAUACAGUGGGCAGACAUUCAGAAUAACACUAGACUGGCACCCACUCAAUCCUCAAACACGUCUCUGGAGCCCACUGGAUGCCCAUACCAACAGGCCUGGUGCUUGUUUACCCCUGUAAUCCACCUGGCACAGUACAUUACCUCAGACAUCCUGAUUGGAGUGGGGUAUCCCACAUGCAACGUAAUGUCCUACACUUUAUACUCAAAGAUACUUGGCCCCAAACCACAGGGGGUUUACAUGGGCUGGCUGACAGCAUCAGGAAGUGGUGCGCGGACCCUCGGGCCUGUGUUUGUCUCUCAGGUCUACACCAACUGGGGACCCCGAUGGGCUUUCAUUGUCAUAUGUGGCAUAGUGCUAGUUGCAAUCGUAUUUCUCAGCGCUAUGUACAAACGACUUAUCGCCUUCUCCAUACGCCAUGGAAUGAUAGAAGACUAAGAGCAUGACUGACCGGUGCCUCCACCAACUACUAAAGGACAGUUUAGAGAAGUGAGCCUGACCUAAAGAUGGAAAACUAAGGCCCCAUUUACACUGCAUGGUUCAAGUGACCCAAUUCCAAUUUUUUCCUCUCAUGUGGCACAGAUCGGAUAUGACCAGUGAACAUGUAAGCAGGAAAAAAACGCAUGGAUUCCGAUUUUCUCAGAUCAGGCCUCAUUCAUAUGCGGUAAUAAAUCGGAUAUGAAUCAGAUACGUGCAUUUGCGUGUGCCAGAUAAAUCGGAUAUUCCCCAGUAAAUGCGAGUCGUACUUCAUUAAAAAAGUGGGUCAGAACAUCUACGUUUGGUAGUUUCAGCAGUGUAUAGUGUAAAUGCAAAAAUUGGAUACGGGUCACUUUUAUAAAAAGUAAGCAUGUCGUCAAAAAUCAUCGGAUUUGACCAUCAAGACCUGCAGUGUAAAAUGCAGCCUAAGAUAACUGUAUAAAUUGUGGAGCUUUCCAAGCAUAAUCAUGAUUCUGAAGAGGCUUAAGAAGUUGUAAAUAUCUUUAUAUCUUCUAUAUGUUGAACUAUAGUUUACCUUGUUAACCAAACUGUGAAUAUAACUACUAUUGUCGCAAAAUGACAUGGAUUGACACCACAGAAAACUGAACAGUGGCAGACUCUAAAAAGUCCCAUGUGACGGGCAGUAUUAAUGAAUGGCAGCUCAAUGGGUUAUGAAGCAUCGCAGAUUAUGAGGCCUAAAUAUUGAGCGUUUAGGAUUAUGAUUGUUUCGGUUUUAAUUUAUUUUAAUAACUUGAAUUUCUGGCAUUGCUGAGCAUUAACAAAUGUGUCAGGUGACUUAUUAAAAUCUGUAUUGAUGGGACAGGCUUAAUACCAAUGUUAAAGUUUCUUUCUUUUUAAUAACACUAAGCUUAAAAUGUACACUAGGUGCUGAGCAUCUUGACUUGACUUUGGCUGCCUCCAUAAUCACUGGAUAACUACAAGACUACUGUAUUUUAAUUUUCACUCCAAAUGCUCUUUUGUUUGGUUUGUUAAAGCACAUAAAUUCUGAAGCACAGAAUUUCCUGAGAACUGGCAAUUAAUUGUUCCUUUAAUAUUUUUUAAUCGUUUCCAGCUUUUUUGUUCCCCUUUCUUUAAAUACAUUAAAAAUGAUAUUUUACAAGAA